UGUUCCUCUUGCUCAUCAAGUCGCACCGUUACACACGCGCAUGUAUUAGAUAUCAGAGAGGACAAGGCUAGCUUGAUAUUCGUCAGGCUGAAGUUAAAGCGAAUUCCUAGUCAUCGGGAUUCCUCUAUACGAGUAUGCUUCCUAUUCUAUGAACAAGGUUUCCACCAGGCCAUCAUUCUACAAAAUGCGACUACGCCAAGCACACCUACAAUGCUCCUUAUGCUUUUAUAGUUCCAAUAAAAUAUAGUGGACGAGACUGUACCGUGUCGGUAUGGAUGAACAUUACUUGUUGCUGGUUAAUUUACUGAACAAACAUACAGUAUUACGCACAGAAGAUCAAAAUAUAAACCUCACUUCCGGAACAUAUAUCUCUGAUCCCCACGCCGGUUAUUGCACUGCAACUUUUAGCUAUGAAUGCUCCGGACCAUCUCUUCGUCGUGAAAUCCUGGUUUCGUUGUCAGCGAAGCAAUAUAGGCGACUUCAAUGCUUUUCUCCUUCAUGACGUUUGUCUGCAGACCUUACAAGCUAUGCUGAAGCUCGAAAUACCAUCUGGAGCUCUAUUUUCAUUUUGCCAAGCAUUAGCGAAUGAUUAUCAGAAGCAGGAUUCUAGUUCAAGAAGUGAUAUGUUCCGAAAUCUAGGUAAGAUUGCAAAAUUCUCGGAUCAAAUAAAUUAUUCUAAUUAUGAUUGCAGCCCGGUUCGAUGUAUUAUCUCCAACUUUCGGAACAUUAGCAGCUUCUGGAAACAUUCCUAACCUAACUAACAAUCAUCAUGAAUCAAGAUUGGAUAAACUACCGUUAGAUGUAAUAUAGUUGAUCUUACCCUAUCUCGAUUCAAAACCAUUGAUCAGCUAUUUCGCUUCUAGCAGUCUAGCUCUUUCAUUAGCUUCUCUAUACCCUCCCUGGAAACUUCUUCUUUCAUAUACACAAUCCAUCUUGGAAAAGAGAACCACAGCACAAGACAUAGUGAUCUUUGCUCAUUGUAACUUUGAUAUCGAUGAUUACAUUGCUCUAGAGAAGUUGGUAGCAUGGAUACAGAAAUUGGAUGAUCUUGCAUGCAUCUUGAAAGUUCGAUUAUCAUAUCUUUCAUCUUUCGAGGUUCCUCCAGGAAUUACCUGCGUUUCGCAUUCGGAACAACGCUUCUUACUUGGAUAUCAACAAAUUACGAUAUUUAUACCUAGUACGAUCACCGAUUUCAAUGUAUACUUCGUUUCGAUUCAUGGGAAGAGAUAUAUCUCAGGAUUAGAAGGGAUACCAUGUAGUACCCAGAUAUCCAUAGGGGCCUGCUUUGGUAUUACCCAUCGUAUAAGCUUCUCAUCAAACAAAUCAGAUCUGGGUUUUGUUGCCGAUUCAUUGCGGAUACGUAGUAUUCGAUUCGGCAAAUCUGGAUGGUCAUCCGAAGUCCCAUCCAAUUUAGAUUGUUUCGAAGGUUUGAGUAUCAAUAACGAUAAUGAAUUGGUCGUCUUUAUGGAUAUAAACUUUGACAUUCUACCUCAAUUGAAUAAUUGCUGACCUAUCUUAGGCGCUGAAGUUUCGACAUAUUACUGGCAACACGAUCCUGAUAUAAGAAUAUCCUUUCCCGAAACUAUCAUUAUGAAGCCUCAGCGAAUUGGGCAACUAUCGCCGGAAUAUUACGUUCAUAGAUUCAAUACUCCAACAGCUCCUCGUCGAAAAGAAGAGAUAGCAGUAGAGUCAAUAUUUUUUGACAAGGAUAUGUUUGGAUUAUCUAUGUAUAUCGAAUUUGGGAAUGGAAUUACUAGUGUCCAAGUGCAUUCGAAGACCAGGAUACAAUCUGUCGGAAUAUGCAAUGGUGAGGAAACGCAUUUUCCUAUUCAGGCUUGUGAAGAGAGAAUUAAUAAAGUUUGUGUAUGGACAUCGCCUGGUCUUGAUCUUACAGUAUGUCUUCUUUCAUUUUAUUUUAUGUUAUUUUAUGGAAGUUAACACCAUGUUAGCUUUACACUACUUUGGGUCGACAUCAGCAUUUUGGUCAAGCCGAUGGUUCACAUAGAAUUCUCGAACCACCAAACUAUCAACUCAUUCAAGGAUGCUAUUUUCGAUUUUAGGGUCCUGGUCUUGAAUAUUUUGGUAUCGUAUGUCAAGAUGGGGAGUUCAGAAUUAUAAUAUUUCCAAGGCGCAAGAGUCAAAUCAAGUAGCAUUCAAAAACUACAAACGUAUGAAAGAUUCAAGAGGACCUGUACACGGAGACUCGUAUGUUGUGAAUAAGAUAUCGUUGAAACCUUCC